AUGGCAGGCGGAGCCAAGAAGCCAGUCAACAUUUUCCGGUUGAAGAACCUCGGGGAACCCAAAGAGGUCUUCAACUGGCGACUAUGGUUCGCCGUCGUGUCCUUUGGACUGAUGGGUGCGGCUCGAGGUAUCGAUGAGGGUCUCAUCUCAGGCGCCUUCAAUUCCAAGGACUUCCAGCGUUAUAUCCACUACAGUUCUUAUUCCAAGGUGGAGCAGACCAAUAUCAAAGCCAAUGUCUCUGCCAUGGUCCAGAUUGGCUCUGUGGGCGGUGCUCUCUUUGCGUUCUUGGUGUGUGAUCGUAUCGGUCGUAUUUGGGCAACUCGGCAGCUAUGCGUCAUCUGGAUGAUCGGAAUUGCCAUCUUCAUGGCGAACAACGGACACCUUGGCGCAAUUUAUGCGGGUCGUUUCAUUGCCGGUCUCGGUGUCGGACAGACAGUGGUUGUGGCUCCAGUAUAUCUUGCAGAGAUUGCUCCGGCGGCGAUCCGUGGUCUUUGCACCUGUGUCUUUACCGGAUUUGUGUAUCUUGGAAUUGUGCUGGCUUACUUUACAAACUAUGGUUGCCAACUUAACAUGGGCGAUUACACUCAUAAGCGAUGGGAAGUCCCCACCAGUCUACACAUCAUCUUCGCUGGCUUGAUCUUCUGUCUGUCUUUCUUCCAAUACGAAUCCCCUCGCUACUUGAUCAAGUGUGGCAAGGUCGAAGAGGCCAUUUUCAAUCUCUCCCGCAUCCGUCAUCUACCGCCUGAUCACGAGUACCUCGUCCGCGAGAUUACCGCGAUUCAGACGUCCCACGAGAUUGAAAUGGAAGCCACACGCGGCACUGGGUUUAUGGGCAUGCUCAAGGAGACCUUCCUGAUUCCCUCCAACUUCUACCGUGUCUACCUUGCUCUGAUGGCACAGAUUCUGUCGCAAUGGUCUGGUGCCGGUUCAAUUACCCUCUAUGCGCCUGAUCUGUUCAAGUUGCUGGGUGUCGCUGGCAGCAACGAGACCUUGCUUGUGACGGCUAUCUUUGGUAUCAUCAAGCUCGUCGCCGCCAUUGCUUGCGCAUUGUUCUUGGUCGAUGUCAUCGGUCGCAAGCGCGCCCUCUUGAUCGGAAUCGCGCUGCAAGCCAUCGCAAUGGUCUACAUUGCCGGAUUCCUGACCGCGGUCCCCGAAAUGGGCGUGGUCAAGAACUUCAAACUUCCCGCCAGCAAGAAGGGCGCCAGUGAGGGGGCCAUUGCCAUGAUCUACAUUUCAGGAUUCGGCUGGGCUCUAGGCUGGAACUCGAUGCAGUAUCUGCUCACGGCCGAACUGUUCCCGCUGCGUAUCCGUGCGCUCUGUACCUCGCUAGCCAUGACGCUGCACUUUGCCAACCAGUACGGGAAUUCGCGUGCCGUGCCCAACAUGCUGCUCCCCGUCGCGGAGGGAGGUAUCAGUCCCAAGGGGACCUUCUGGUGCUUUGCGGUCAUUACUAUCAUCGGCGGUCUCUGGGUGUGGUUCAGUAUUCCCGAGACAGCGGGUCGGUCCCUCGAGAGCAUGGAUCGCCUCUUCGAGCUGCCUUGGUACAAGAUCGGUCGGUACGGUAACCAGGAUGCGGAGGAGCGGGAUAAAGUGAUUGAUGAGAAGAUGGAGGCUAUGACUGGUCAACAUGGGACUGCGCAGCAUGUGGAGCGAAGUGAUAUUUCGACAAAGGUUUAG